UUGACAACAAUUAUUCAUUUCAGAGAGAAUCUCUACUUUGCCAUCAAUACAUUCCUCAAUUUCAAUGUUUUUGCUUCGAUUGGGUCCUUGUCGGCCAACUAUAUUCAACAAGUAGUUUUCAAAAAUGAGUGGUGGUUCACCAUUGCUGGCUCAAUAAUGGCUUACACAUGCGGUUACUUCAGCAGUUUGGCACUCAUAUACACGCCAAGGUAG